UAAAAACAGCAACAGCAGACCCAGAGUGGGAGAAAAGAAGCAAGUCGUCUCCUCUCUUGUAAUUGCACAGAGUCUCCCCUGUAUAUUUUUACCUUUCUCCCUCUACCUCUCUGCUCUUUGAGACCUCGGGGAAGCGGUAAUUAGCUCGGAGAGAAUAAAACCAGCUGAAGAGAGAGGGGUGGUGCAUUCUGGAGCGAGAUGGCCAACAGAAACGCUCCCCUGCUCUUCUGUGGAGUCGUCCUUCUUUUUCUCAUUCACUCAUCUCUUCAAGGAGGUGUGUAUGUACCACCUGGUCCUGGGUAUAGACCAGGAGCCCCUCUACCAGGGACUGGAUUCUUUCCAGGGGCUGGUGGAGGAGUCCCUCAGGGCUACAAACCUCCAAAACCAGGAGUAGGAGGUUACGGAGGUGGAGGCAGAGGAGUUGGACCCGGCAGUUUGGUACCAGGAGGUGGCCUUGGCUAUGGAGGUCUGCCAGCAGGACAAGGAGGAAAGCCUCCAAAACCAGGAUAUGGAAAUCUGGGAACUGGAUUUGGUGGUUAUGGGGGCUACGGCGGAGGCACUGGAGGGUUUUUCCCAGGACAAAAAGCUGCAAAACCAGGUGCAGGAGUACGGCCGGGAGUCACUGGAACUGGACCCGGUGGAGCACCUGUUAUCCCUCAGACAGGCCUUCCAGGAGGAUCUGGUGGUUCUGCAGGAAAGAAAGCUGCCAAAGUGCCAGGUGUGGGUGUUCCUGGACUUUACCAAGGUGGAGUUGUACAGGGAACAGGGUUUGGUAACCGUGGAGUUCUGCCUGGGGUGGCGACUGGAACUAACUUAAAUCCCAAAUCAAUUGGAGGACAACAAGGAGGUCAAGGACCAGGAACUAGAGGGUUUGGUGGACCGAUGCAGCCAGGAGUGUUUCGUGGAUACCCCCUCAAAUCACCCAAAGGGGGCUAUGGAGCAAAACCUGGGGUUGGAAAAGUUCCCUACGGUUAUGGCGGUUAUGGUCAGGGUGGAGCUGGACUUCCAGGAGGAGGAGCUGGUGUUGGUUACCCUGUUGGAACUGGAGUGGGGACCGGGGGUGUCUCACCUUUUCAGUCUAAAGCAGCUAAAUAUGGUGCUGGUGUCGGUGGUGUUGGUGGUUUGGGUGGUGUUGGUGGUGUUGGUGGUGUUGGAGGUGUCGGUGGUGUAGGUGGUGUCGGCGGUGUCGGUGGCACUGGUGGGCUGUAUCCAGGCCAGGUUCAAGGAGGAUACGGACCUGGGUCCAAGGCUGCUAAAUAUGGGGUACCGGGAGGAGUACCAGGAGGAGUACCGGGAGGAGUACCGGGAGGAGUACCGGGAGGAGUACCGGGAGGGGUACCGGGAGGAGUACCAGGAGGAGUACCAGGAGGCGCCCCAAUUAGUGUACCAGGAAAAGCUGCUAAAUAUGGAGUAGGAGGGCAGGGAGCAGGAGGAUACUCCCCAGCAUCUAAAGCCGCUAAGUAUGGUCUUGUCCCAAGAGGUGGAGGAGGAGGGGGAGUAGGAGGAGGAGGAGUAGGAGGAGGAGGAGUAGGAGGAGGAGUAGGAGUAGGAGGUGGUGGGAUCCCAGGGACACAGUAUAUACCAGGAUAUGGAUCUCUGGCAACUGGAGUCAAACCUCCUAAAUACGCUCUUCAAACAGGCCUUGGAGGGGGUGCAGUCCCUGGUGGCGGAGGGCAGGUACUACCAGGAGGAGGCUAUGGUGGUUACGGAGGAGGUGCAGGGGUCAAACCUCCAAAGUAUGGAGGACAAGGAGGAAUAGGGACUGGGUUUGGAUAUGCAGGACUGGGAGGAACCGGAGGAGGGCCUUUCUUUCCAGGAGGAGGACAAUAUUCAGCUGCUGCAAAAGCUGCCAAAUAUGGAGUUGCAACAGGAGGAGGUGGAACAGGAACUGGAGGAACAUUUGGAGGACAAGGAGUUGGGCAAUAUCCUGCAGCUGCUAAGGCGGCUAAAUACGGAGUUGCAACAGGAGGAGUUGGAACAGGAACUGGAGGAACAUUCGGAGGACAAGGAGUUGGGCAAUAUCCUGCAGCUGCUAAGGCGGCUAAAUACGGAGUUGCAGGUGGUGCUGGUACAGGACUGGGACCAGGAGGAGUAGGAGGAGUAGGAGUCUUACCAGGAGGUGGACAAUACUCUCCUGCUGCUAAAGCUGCUAAAAAAGGCAUCCCGACAGGAGUCGGACCAGGAGGAGUUCCAUCAGGUGUUGGACCUAUUGCAGUUCCAGAGACGUCUGUCAGCGGCGUUCCUAAUGGCUCCCUAUCCACCGGCGUUCCUGUGAAACCAGGGAAGGAAGUCGGCAUCGGUGGAACUGCUCAGCCAGGGCCCACUCCUAUGGCUGCACUUAAUAAGGCGCCAGAGGUCCCACAGCCCAGUGUUGCAGGUGGAGUUCAACAGCCAAGUGGUAGGUGCUUUUUUUUAAUUAUUAUUAUCGUUAUCAUUAACGUAGUUUAUUUGACUGAUUCCAUACAUGUUUUUAAGCCUUUUUUUACUUUUGCUUAAACAUUUUAUUUGAUA